UGAAAAAGUUUUGGAUUUGCGGCAGAUGGAGAAUAGCCAUUAACAUGGAGCUGAUUUUAAUUAAAAUAACAUGGAUCUGAUUGAAAUUACAAUAACGUUGCUGUUUAGCUGGCCUGUGGCAGUUCAAAUGACAGAUCUCAACAGAAAAAUAGUCCAUCCAAGUGUUGUUAACGUAGGUGGGGACUACACAGUGUCAUGUAACGCUGACCUCCUUGAAAUCCCAAGACAGAAUCUUGGCUUGUUGGCUAUGACUAUUGGAUGGUCAAAUGGCAUAGAUGAACUAAAAAGUUAUGCAAGAUUCAGAUUUUUCAAACCCUAUAUUUUUAUUCGAGAAGAGACUGACUUGGCGCCUUCAUUCAAAAAGUUUUGGACAUUUAAAGUAAGAGCCCCGGAUACAGUGAAUAAUGACCGUUUACCUGAUCCUUACUCGGUUAAUAUCUCACUGACUGCUACAAAUGUCAAGCGACAAGAGUCUGGUAUAUUUUGCUGCAACGCUUCUUACCAGGAUAUGUCUUUUGAUAAUCAGUUUCCUUUUCUUUGCCAACACAUAAAGGUGACAGAUCCAAACAGAAAAAUAGUCCAUCCAAGAGUUGUUAACGUAGGUGGGGACUACAUCGUGUCAUGUAACGCUGACCUCCUUGAAAUCCCAAGACAGAAUCUUGGCUUGUUGGCUAUGACUAUCGGAUGGUCAAAUGGCAUAGAUGAACUGAAAAGUUAUGCAAGAUUCAGAUUUUUCAAACCCUAUAUUUUUAUUCGAGACGAGACUGACGUACCGUCUUCAGUUAAAAAGUUCUGGACAUUUAAAGUAAGAGCCCCGGAUACAGUGAAUAAAGACCGUUUACCUGAUCCUUACUCGGUUAAUAUCUCACUGACGGCUACAAAUGUCAAGCGACAAGAGUCUGGUAUAUUUUGCUGCAACGCUUCUUACCAGGAUAUGUCUUUUGAUAAUCAGUUUCCUUUUCUUUGCCAAAACAUAACGGUUUUGUCCCUGGAUACAUUGACUCUGGACAAUCACUGCACCAAGACGUUGCCUGAGUACCGUAGAGGUCACAUCCAGAAACUAAGUGAACUCAACGUUGUCAGUUUCUGCAGUAAUCCAAAGACCUAUAGUCAGUGUAUCCUGGAUUCAAGACGUGAUAGUCACACAGAUCAGACAUACAUGGUCAAAUUGUUCGAGAAACAAUUUCCUAAAGAGUACGAUCUUAAGCGUGCGGCAUAUAUCCUAUGUACCAAAGGCACGACAUACUUGUCAAAGUUCGCUUCGUUUGACUACAAAGUUUUAAUUGACUGCGAGAUGUCCGCUGACAUUGACCAAUGUGAGAUCGAAGCCACCUCGGCCGAGAGAUUACAAAACUUAACGGCAGCCUUUGCCUCCAACAACCAAGCGGAUAUCGAGAAACAUUCAUGCAAACUGUCACUAGACUACAUGAAGUGUAUCCAAGCCCAGUACACCAAAUGUAAUAAGGAUUUUGAGGACUUUUUUAUCUAUCAGUUUGCUCGCCUUGGCCAAGACUGUCUAUUGGAGCACCAGUUUUACAACAAGUUGAUUCUCACAGAAAAGUGCACGUCACUAUCACGCUCAACCAACGGGGCGUGGUCAGUCGGAACAGGGGCGUGGUCUAUCAGGACAAGGGCGUGGCUGAUGUUUGCUGUAGCCUUUGUUAAUAGUGUAGGGCGUGUCCAUAUGCUCAGAUAAAAUCUGGCUUGUUUAGUUCUUGGCUAUCUUCUGUAGCUGGGUGCAACAAAAUAAGUUUAGAAAAU